UUCUUUAAGCACAGUUCAAUAAUUCCAACUUUCUUUAAUCAGAAAACAUCAGGAUCUAAGGCCAGUGCAGUUUCUGAAGCUCACGUUUCCCAGACUUCAUCUCAAAGCACUGGAGAAACUCUCACAGAGAAAACAAAAUCAGAAAAGCAAAGUUUUCGCUCCGGGUAUCAGAAUACAUGUACUAAGAGAACUGAAGCGACUUCAUCGUCGUCACCAACGAACAAAAUCAUCAGCGAGGAAAAACAAGAAAAGCAAGAAAAAGACGCCCAUAAUAAAACCAGUGAAAUCGGAUCCAUGCUUUCACACAACAUACAAUCAAGCAAGGACGCAGUGGACAAGUGCCUUUCCAUUUCCUCGAAGGGUCAUUUCUUCUCCGAUUCUUUCUUCGAAGACGUUCGUAAGGACUUCGAAACGGCUGUCAAUGAAGUCCUCAGCAGGCAUGAUAUUAUGGGGAGUGCCAACGACGAACUCUCCUGCUACCGAAGUCUACGGGAACGUGAGCUCAAGGAUGAGACUCAGGCGAUGAAGACUACAGAAGAUCGAAACGGAUUUAAGGUAGUGUUAGACGUCCACGACUUCAUGAACGAAGACGUCAAAGUGAAGGUGGUGGACAACAAGGAGGUGGUGGUGGAAGGUCGUGCGGAGAAGAACGACGGAACCUUGAGGUCAAGCAAGAGCUUCUGUCGGCGCUUCACUCUUCCUGGCGCAGUAGACAUGAAUGCGGUCACUUCAGCAAUGUCCUCCGACGGUGUCCUCACCAUCAGUGCACCCAAAAUUUAAAAUAGAAAACAUUAGAUAUUCUGACUAUUAUACAAUAUAUAUGUAUAUAAUUGUAAAAUGUAUUGUAAUGUUAGUUAAUAAUCCCAUUUGUAUGAGCUGUUCUAGAUGUUAUCGAUAUAUGUUGAAGAUAUUUAUUAAAUAUUGUUACAUUAUAUAUUUUCUGAAUGUAUUUUUAUAUGCAAUAAAUUUUAUUGAUCCACUUUA